AUGAAGCUCUCUGAUGAAGGCAGUUCUUGUCAACUCUUAAAUCAAGACCACCUAGGUGAGGUAUGCAAAAGAGUACCUGAUGGAGCCUGCUGGCCAUGUGGAGAGCCUGUGGAAGAUGCUGCUCUCAUCCUGUCCCCUUCAACUUCCCCAGCUCCUCUGUCUGAAUGCCCUUUGUCUCUGGCCUCUAACCUGUCACCAGGCCCAGCAACCUCCUCAGUUUCUGCUUCUUCAUACCCAUCCCUGACUUCUCCUCAGCCACAGGAGCCUUUGCUUCCUAUAGAAUGCAAUUUGUCCUGGCCACUUGCACUUUCCCUCCCCCCACUAAGCUCACCUGAUCCCAUGGAUCAUGCUUUACCUCCCACAGCCCUCUCUGCUCCACCACUGCCAGACUCCAUUCUGACUCUUUCUCAGUGUCACUCGAUGGCAUUGCCUAUAAGCUCCAUUGCACAGAGCUCGUCUCUACAUAAGCGCUGGUCAGCAUCUUCUAUUCCAGUCAUCUCAGUCCUUGGCCAUUUGGGCUAUCCCAUCUCAGCCCUCUCUUGGUGGCAUGUGGCUGCCAGAACCUUGUGCCUUUCCACAACUACAGAGGGUAAGGCCCAGAAAGAGCAUCUUUCCUGUCAGCCAUCUGAGGCCUCAUUCUGGACAGACCCCCCACAUAGACAGAUGGAGUCUGGUAGCCCCUCUCUGCUCAACUCUGAUAAUCAAAAAAUUAUGGGGAUACAAGUCACAAAAAACACCGAGAUCAAGGUUUGGAAAGAAACUGAAAAGGAUGGUUCGUUCUCAAAACAAACAAGCCCAGAAUAUCACUUAGAUUCUGUGGGGAAUAUGCUAGCAUCACUGGGUCCUGAGCAGGACUCCACAACCCCUCAACCCUUCUGGAAGGUGAAAGAAAAAUUAGAACAGCUGCUCUAUCCUCAGCAGCUCUCAGCUCCUAAGAUCUUGGGGGCACAUAAUCAGGAGAAAUACCAGCAGCUUUUCUGGGGUCUGCCCUCUCUGCACAGUGAAUCCUUGGUGGCUGCUGCUUGGAUUUCUGGGAGUUCUUCUGCACUGCAGCCUGCCUUGUUCUCAUUCAAUGCAAUCAUGAAUGUCUAUCCAGUUCAAAUGCAGGCUAAGGUGUGUCCACUGUUUAUGCAGGCCCAGCCGCUGUCUCAUAUGAAGCCCCAACUCCAAUCCUUGAUUUCACCCAUUCCCCAAUUUCAGCACCCACUUCUGGGUCAGGCCCAGCCUCAGUCCAACCUCUCAUAUUCUUUCUCAACUGAAAAAGCUUCUGCAUCCCCGAUUAGGGACUGUGGAGCAUCUUAUGAUACAUCCCAGAAUAAACCCCAAUAUAUCAGCCAAACUGAAAUUCAAGACCCAGAAUGGUCCUUAUUAGAAGAAGAGCUAGGAAAUGGGCAAGCUUUGCCCUCUGAGGACCAAAGACCUCAAGUCUGUGGUCUCGUCAAUCCCAAACUUUCCCAGGAAAACUGGGAAGACUCUAUUCUCCCCAAAAAUUUUCCUAUCAGCGAUGAGCUUCGAGGGCAACUGGAGCAACAUAUUCACAAGUGGCUGAUUCAACACCGCUGGGACUUGCCCAGAUGGAUUCAAGAGUCUAUGGAACUAAUGCAGCUUCAGGAUGAAUUAGCAGAAACAGGUCAGGCAAAGGACAAGCCCAGAUGUACACGGACCUCAAUAUCUACUGGUGAAUGCAGCAAAAAUCCACAGAAGGUGAGAUUCAAGCUAGAGAAGAAUCCAAGCAAGAAUCUGGCACAUAUCCUAGGGAAGGCCCCAAAAGAUGCAUCCAGGGGCUUAGAAGGUUCCCAAGAGAAGGCUCUAGGGGUGCUAUCUGAGGAGUCACAGAAAUACUUGAACAGGACCUUGAGGAGUGACUCUGAAAAUGAUAUAUCAAGAAGUCUAGACAAGAAUUAUCCAGACAAUAAUUCUAAUGUCCACUUGGGCACAAAAUCAGGGCAAAUCAUUGAGAGAAUCACUCCUGUGAGGGUAUGCCGAUCUGGGCCUGCUGCCAACAAAUCUUUUUCUAUGCCAGAAACUCAGAUAGAAAGCAAAAAUGUAGAAACAUCAAAAAGUUUGGAUUCCAGUGUGGGCACCUCCCAGGAGCUGUCCUUCCUCAAUCCGUUCAUCCAACAGCUAUUGGAUGCACAUAUUUUGAGGAGUUGGGUGAAGCACAAGUGGGGCCUACCACUCAGGGUCCUCAAGCCCUUAAAUCUCUUUAAGUUGCCAAAGUUUCAAUCUGAAUCCCUUCCACAGUUUUCCAGCCCCUCCUCAACUUCCUCUGAAUCUAGUGCCAAUUCGGCAGUUGAUGUUGCCAAAAUCCUAGGAAAACCACCACCACCAGGUCCAAAAGAGAAGCUGUUAAUAAGUGAGUCCACCCCCACACUGGACGAUCUUAACCUUUUCUCCUCCUCUACACGUAGGGAAAUUGGGAAGGCCCUGACAGGGAUCACAUCUGCUGAUGACCUCGUGCCUUCUGAGGCUCUUCCGAGUAGGCAGCUUUCUCAGACUUUUACCUAUAGCUCCAAGGGCAAAAUCCAUCAGAGCGAGACUCUCUGGGAGGCAGGGAGAAACAGUACAGAUAUCCCUUUACUCCCUCAAAUGUCUGUUUCCAAAGACUCAGAGGAGCUUCUCUUUAAGGCAGAGGUUGUUAGUGAGGCAGAACACAGGGUUAAGAGAAAGUUAGCAAAGCAGCCUCAAGUAUAUGCCACUGAUGAGUUCCUACCAGAUGGUUCCACUAACAUGCUCCUUUCUGGAGAAAGUUUGGCUUCUCAGGUGCCCCAGCACCAUCUCCAUGGUGUGCCUGUUAAGGACAUGUUGACUUCCCAGAUGCGAAGUGACCUCAUGGCAGCAAGAAGGAGCAGCGUGGAUCAGAAACACAGGAUCCCAAAACAUCAGGACUCAUGGAAGAGCCAAAGUGAGAUGCAUGCUUCUACUUACAAGAGUGAGGGCUAUAGGAGGCUCGACCUAGAACAGCAUGAAGACCAAUUUCCAGAACUGGGAACUUCAAAACUCACCCAGGUCAUGGAUAUAGAAGAUACCCAUGGAAGCGAAAACACUCAGCUCCAGCUGGAAAACAAAGAGGUUCCUUCAGAAACCUGCUUCAAACAAUCUAUAAGGCAAUUAGUCCAGCUGAUUUUCCCUAAGAGAAAAAUUCCAGGGCAGGCAGAUCCUCUGCAAAAAUCAGCCAGUGCCCAGAGCCAAAGAUCGGUCAAAAAAAGAUCACAUACGGACAGUACCACGACUGAAGCUAAGGAGCUCAUGACAAUUGUUGGACAGAUGCUGGGGAAGAACAGGACCCCUCAGGAUGACAUUUGUGCCUCAAAAGUCAGUCAGCACAGGGAAGAACUCCCAACCCCAGUUUCUAAGGGUUCCUGCUGCCAUAAGCCCCACUUCCAACCAGAGCAGAGAAGACCAAGCCAUGCAGCCUAUAAUCACCAAGCUACCCUCAAGUGCCAGAGUUGUCCUUUUAGGCAAAAGCAAGUGAGAGACCAACAGACCUUGAAAACUGUGCGAUUCAACAAGGAGAGGCAGUGCUUGAGGCAUCCCAACCUCUCGCUCCCCAGCAAGGCUGUGUCCCCAGUCAGUCCUUCACAGCAUGGGCCAGCAAUGCCACAUGCCUCAGGCCAUCAUCCCCAUUGCCCAAGGCACUGUCCUCUUCGGGGAGCUGUCUUGUCUGUCCGACCAGAAAAGGACUCCCCAGCUUUCUCUAGUAGGAAAAACAUGUCCCCAAGGAAAACUCAGCCCAUGUAG